AUGUAUACAGUUCUGUCUUCUGCAGAGGAAAUGUUUAUUGAAACAUCCACGAAUACUUCCGGAAUAUACAUUGACCCUAUUGGCACGCUGAAAAUAAUAGACGGUUUUCUUAACGUCGUAAUUCCUGUACAUAUUUCUUAUAUACAACCGCAUAUUGAAAAUCUUAACGGUGUGAUAGGCACCUCUAAGUUCCUCUGUAGACAAACGGCUCUACUC